AUACAUAGUUUGAUUGAUUCUUUUGUAUUUAGUCUCUUAGUUUUCUAUCCAUCUUCUCAAUAGUCUUUUAUAGUCUUUUCAAUAGUUGAACUGCAAAAUGUUCGUAUCUCGACGCUUAGCAGUGAGUGCACAGUUUCGCCAACUCGCCUACCAACCAAGAGCAAUUCCCAUUCAAACCAGCUCAUUCUCAACAUCAAGAUGCCAUGACGCAAUCUCCAAUUCCCUAAGGCAGAAGGCCCAACAGAACAACCAACAAUUCAAACUCGACAACCUCUUCAAUGUCAGAGACAAAGUUGCACUCAUAUCCGGCGGUGGAACCGGCAUAGGCCUAAUGGCCACACAAGCACUCGCAGUCAAUGGCGCAAAAGUCUACAUCACAGGCCGUACAGAGGAGAAAUUGAAUCGCGUGGCCGAACUAUAUGGCGAAGAUAUCCCCGGCUCUAUUAUACCCGUACCGGCCGAUAUCACAUCUAAGGAGUCGAUUAAGAAGCUCGCGGAUACUAUUUCACAGCGUGAAUCUCAUCUGUCCAUAUUGAUUAACAAUGCUGGUAUCUCAAGCCACACGCAGACGACGGAGCAUGACAACGCCAGUGAUCUACGCAAGAGCCUUUUCGACGACCCCGAUGCAACGAUAAAAGACUGGGAGAAUGUAUACCGGACCAACGUCCCGCAGCUCUUCUUCAUGACAACCACAUUCCUGCCUCUCCUCGAAAAUGGCUCAAAGGCGCAUCAUGGCUGGUCCAGCACGGUCAUCAACAUCUCUUCCAUCUCCGGAAUCGUCAAGACAGCACAGCACCACUUCGCAUAUAACGCAUCCAAAGCCGCUGCAGUCCAUCUAACCAAGAUGCUCGCAAACGAAAUCAGCGGCUCACCGGAAGAAAGACUACCGAUAAGGAUUAAUAACAUCGCACCCGGUGUGUUUCCGAGUGAAAUGACCACCGGGGAGAGUGAUGAGAUACAGAAGAGUUCUAUCCCGAAGGAAAAGUAUGAGAAGAAGGUUCCCGCGAGACGGCCAGGGAAGGAUGGGGAUAUGGGAAAUGCAGUGUUGUUUACGGCGACGAAUCAGUAUCUGAAUGGACAGACGGUGGUUGUUGAUGGGGGUUAUGUGUUGGCUGCUGGGUCGGUUUAAGGUGGAUAGCUUUGGUGAGCGUUGCCUUAGAUGUAUAUAGAAUAAGUGUGUUUAUAACCUGGAUAGCAAGAAAUUGAAGGAACGCGGC